AUGGAGAGGCCGGCGCCGGUGAGGAAGUCGCACACCAACACGGCGGACCUGCUGGCCUGGCCGGAGGGGGCGCAGCCGGAGCUCGCCGACGGGGCCACGCCGCCGCCCAACCGCCGCCCGCACCAGCCGUCGGAGGCGAUCCACAAGGUGGUGUUCGGCGGGCAGGUCACGGAGGAGGAGGCCGAGAGCCUCAACAAGAGGAAACAAUGCUCGGCCCCCAAGUGGAAGGAGAUGACAGGAAGCGGCAUAUUUGCAGCUGGAGGUGAGGCCGAGGAAGAUGAAUCCGCCAACGCUUCUGCAACACCCGUCCGAACGGCUUCAAAGAAUUAUCAGUCUGAUUUUGUCAAACUACUACAGGCAAUCAGUACCAUAAGUCACAUCUCCUUUGCUGAGGACGAGAGUGUCUCCCCCAAGAAGCCAACCUCCAUAGCCGAGGUGGCAAAGCAGCGCGAGCUAAGUGGCACGCUCCUGAGCGAGGAUGACAGCAAGCUGAAGAAGCAGGUAUCCAAUGCGAAAUCAAAGGAGCUGAGCGGCCACGGCAUCUUUUCUCCUCCAGAGGACCUCAGGCCACGCAACUCGGAGAACGGCUCGACCUCGCAGACGCCAGGGAAGAACGCACAGGUGAGCAGCAUCAAAUUCGGAGAGGCCGACGACGCCGACAGCGUGGUGAAGACCGCGAAGAAGAUCCCGACGAAGAAGUUCAACGACCUGACGGGCAACAACAUCUUCAAGGGCGACGCCGCGGAGGCCCCCGGCACGGCGGAGAAGCAGCUGAGCGACGCCAAGCUCAAGGAGAUGAGCGGCAGCAACAUCUUCGCGGACGGCAAGGCGCCGGCCCGGGACUUCCUCGGCGGCAUCCGCAAGCCCCCCGGCGGCGAGAGCAGCAUCGCGCUGGUCUAA